AUGAACCCAGAAGAUAGCACAAGGCUGAUCUCGGCAACCGACGAGUCACCACUUCAACAGACUGGUGAGUCACCACUUCAACAGACUGGUGAGUCACCACUUCAACAGACUGGUGAGUCACCACUUCAACAGACUGGUGAGUCACCACUUCAACAGACUGGUGAGUCACCACUUCAACAGACUGGUGAGUCACCACUUCAACAGACUGGUGAGUCACCACUUCAACAGACUGGUGAGUCACCACUUCAACAGACUGGUGAGUCACCACUUCAACAGACUGGUGAGUCACCACUUCAACAGACUGGUGAGUCACCACUUCAACAGACUGGUGAGUCACCACUUCAACAGACUGGUGAGUCACCACUUCAACAGACUGGUGAGUCACCACUUCAACAGACUGGUGAGUCACCACUUCAACAGACUGGUGAGUCACCACUUCAACAGACUGGUGAGUCACCACUUCAACAGACUGGUGAGUCACCACUUCAACAGACUGGUGAGUCACCACUUCAACAGACUGGUGAGUCACCACUUCAACAGACUGGUGAGUCACCACUUCAACAGACUGGUGAGUCACCACUUCAACAGACUGGUGAGUCACCACUUCAACAGACUGGUGAGUCACCACUUCAACAGACUGGUGAGUCACCACUUCAACAGACUGGUGAGUCACCACUUCAACAGACUGGUGAGUCACCACUUCAACAGACUGGUGAGUCACCACUUCAACAGACUGGUGAGUCACCACUUCAACAGACUGGUGAGUCACCACUUCAACAGACUGGUGAGUCACCACUUCAACAGACUGGUGAGUCACCACUUCAACAGACUGGUGAGUCACCACUUCAACAGACUGGUGAGUCACCACUUCAACAGACUGGUGAGUCACCACUUCAACAGACUGGUGAGUCACCACUUCAACAGACUGGUGAGUCACCACUUCAACAGACUGGUGAGUCACCACUUCAACAGACUGGUGAGUCACCACUUCAACAGACUGGUGAGUCACCACUUCAACAGACUGGUGAGUCACCACUUCAACAGACUGGUGAGUCACCACUUCAACAGACUGGUGAGUCACCACUUCAACAGACUGGUGAGUCACCACUUCAACAGACUGGUGAGUCACCACUUCAACAGACUGGUGAGUCACCACUUCAACAGACUGGUGAGUCACCACUUCAACAGACUGGUGAGUCACCACUUCAACAGACUGGUGAGUCACCACUUCAACAGACUGGUGAGUCACCACUUCAACAGACUGGUGAGUCACCACUUCAACAGACUGGUGAGUCACCACUUCAACAGACUGGUGAGUCACCACUUCAACAGACUGGUGAGUCACCACUUCAACAGACUGGUGAGUCACCACUUCAACAGACUGGUGAGUCACCACUUCAACAGACUGGUGAGUCACCACUUCAACAGACUGGUGAGUCACCACUUCAACAGACUGGUGAGUCACCACUUCAACAGACUGGUGAGUCACCACUUCAACAGACUGGUGAGUCACCACUUCAACAGACUGGUGAGUCACCACUUCAACAGACUGGUGAGUCACCACUUCAACAGACUGGUGAGUCACCACUUCAACAGACUGGUGAGUCACCACUUCAACAGACUGGUGAGUCACCACUUCAACAGACUGGUGAGUCACCACUUCAACAGACUGGUGAGUCACCACUUCAACAGACUGGUGAGUCACCACUUCAACAGACUGGUGAGUCACCACUUCAACCGAAGAUAGCACAAGGUUGA